AUGGAGAAGGAGCAGAGCCAGGACGACUUCAUCCGCGAGAGGUUGAGCCAUAACUUCGAGGCGUACACCAACAAUGCCAUCUUGAACAAGUUAACACCGAGUAGGUCCUUAGGCAGAGCUAGUUCAGUGCAGUCCUCGAGUAGGAAAUCAGAUUCGUCGUGGGGCAAAAAGUACCCAAAGAGAAACGAUUCCAAUAUCGUUACUUCUCCAGUCAAGACGCUGAGACAGUUUGGUGCUAAAGAUGGUGGUGCUGAUGAUGGUGCUGAUGAUGAUGAUGAUGAAUAUGAUACCACAACAAAUUAUGAUGAUGAUAAUAGUAAAAAGGAUUCCACCACUGUUAAUGUACCGCUACAAUCAUCUCCAAAGAAACCUUUGAGGAAAGGGACACCAAAAGUGCCAAAGACUCAAAAGACAAAGGAUGCUAAAUCUGAAAAGAAGAAGAAAUCUGAUACACAACACGUCCCAAGCACAGCGGAUCUUCAUAAUAGUUCAAAUAGAAGAAUAGUGACAAAUAGCCAUAUCAAUCACCAUGUGUCUACACAGGGUAUUGAUGAUGAUGGCGCUGGUGCCGGUGGUGCUCAUUUGCAUAGUGAUAAUACCCUUUUAAGUGAGAUUCCAAGUGAUAUAUUGAGUCCUGAGAAACAUAUUUAUCCACAAGAAAAUCUACGAAGAUCUUCAUCAAAUAUCCCAUCAGCUACAAAAGUCAAAGAUGCAACUACAAGUUUAUUAUCGAAAUCAUUUCCAGUGUUUUCUCCACCUCCUCCAAAACAUAAGGAAAGCAAAACUACUGGAAAAUCGCCUACGAGUGGAUCUAAAAGACGUGAAAGUCCUUCAAAGGGAAAUAGAGGUGAGUCGCUACCGCCAUCAUUAUAUCCAAAAGUUCGAUUAUUUGGUGAUGAAGAUGAUGAUGAAGCUAGUGCUCCAAAAAAAUUAACAUCAGAUGUUACAGAUUCAAAAGUCGUUGAAGAAGUGAGAGAAAGUUUAUCAAUAAGGAAAAAAAGAGAAAGUGAAGCAAUAACAAUGUUCUUUGAUAGAUCUAGUUCUUCUUCAAAAGCUCCUGAAAGGCAAUCCAUAAUUUCACCAAGAAGCAAAGAGUCAAACACAAGGCCUAAUCUGUUUGAAAGGACAACACAUGAUAAUAAUUCAAGUUUCCAUACAUUAAACGAAUUUAUCAAAAACCCAUUAAUUGAUGAUGCAAAAUAUAAAACAACCAAUGUCAAACAUUCUGACAAAAAGACUCCUAAUAACGAACCUACCGAAACAACAAACACCACCACACAAAGGAAAUCGUUCGAUAUAUCACAAUUUGAGUCAAGUGAUGAAGAGCCUGUUCCUGAGUUAACUGUCCCGUUGAAUGAAGAACCUCAACCCACAACCACCAAAAGAGUAUAUGAUGAGCCUAUUGAAACUUCAACUAAUAAAAAACCAAAGACAACAACAACAACAUCUCUAUAUCCAACAAUACAGCCAACGUCACAAACGCCAUUGAAGAGAUCAUCUGAAUCAAGAAGAAGAUCGUUGUAUCCUACUCUUCCUUCAGUGGGACACCCUUCAAGAGUCUCUGCUGCUGAUAUCGAAGAUAUUUCAAACAACAUACAAGAGACGACGAAACCAAAACCACAAGCUCCACUUCCAAAAGAACCAGAAGAAGAACUUGGUGAUUCAGAUCAUUGGGUUAAAAAUCAAUGGGCAUGUUUCUUUAAAGCUUUUAAAAGAUAUAAAAAGACUAAUGAUCUAUCAAUUUUCCAGAAUAAACGAUUAUUAGAAUACUUGAGAUGUGAUGAGCAUGAAAUUAAAUUAAAGAUCCAAUUCACUUUGGAUCAUGAGCAUGAGAUCAAAAGAAAAAACAAAUGA